GUGAUCCAUCAGCCUAGCUGGAGAACAAACAACAUCUGGGCGUAGAGAGAGAGAGGAGAGGGACAAGGCUCAGCAGACACAUAGCCAGAUGGUGUCACUCCAACAACACUACUCCAGCAUGGAGGAGAUGGUGAGGACUCUGCUACAGAACCAGGACACACUGGAGGGCCCCAGUGCGGAUCCAUUAGACCUCAUGAAGGCCUACAAGGACAAACUCUUGGAGGAGAUGUGGAAACAGCAGGACAGUCUGGAGGGCCCACUGCCCCCCUCGAAAGAAAGGAGGCCCAACUCUCCAGGAGCCAUCAGUAGGGGACACGGGGAGGACUACGACGAGACCAAACCCAUUUUAGAGCGUCUGCGGGCCCUUGAGGUGGAGAACUCUGCCUUGACAAAGGAGAACGACAACCAGAGGAAGCAGUAUGAACGCUGUCUGGAUGAGGUGGCUAAUCAGGUGGUUCAAGCUCUCCUCACUCAAAAGGACCUGAAGGAGGAGUGUGUGAAGCUGAGGACACGCGUGUUUGACUUGGAGCAGCAGAACCGCAUACUGAACGUUCUGUUCCACCAGCGGGUCAGAACAUCCACCGACCCUAUCUCUCAGGAAGUCCAGCGGAAUGGGAAGGCAAGUGUUCCUGCAGGGAGGUGGCCCAGCCUGCUUAGUCUAACCUGUCCACGCAGUAGCUGCAGUGGCAGUGAGGCCUCAUUAUCCAGCGCCUCGACUGAGUACUCCAGUGGCUCACAUACUUGGGCAGAAAGACGUCGCUCCUCCAAGCAGUCUGUGAUAAGCCGGGAGAAGAGGAUGAGCGCAGGUUCAGUGUCCAGCAAUCAGUCUGUCCCAGCAGAGCAGCCCGAUCUAAAUUGGAAGGAGGGCCACAUUCUGAAAGGCCUGAAGAGGCUCCAAAUGCGCAGCCCAGCUCCCAAGGAGACAGCUUCACUCGCCUCCACGUCACAUUUCAAGGACUGCAUGACCUCCAAUGAGGGCAUAUACUCUUUAGGGGUUAAGGGUGGGCCCCAGGGGGUAGUGCCUAAAUUGGCAUUGGCAAAGGGAAAUUAUUUUAAGCCAGCAGCAGGAGUCAGUACCUUAAUCUCUGACUCAGAGGAUGAAUUGCCUCAAUCACCAGCCAGGGAGUCCUGCGCCCAACCCAUUAAAGAGACUCUCCAUCUGGAAGGAGAGCCUGCGUCUGAAUUGGGAACGGCACAAGGGGGAAAGAGCUCUACGGUCUACAACUCCCAAGAGGUGCCUGUAAGACUCGUAAUUCCCAGCAACUCCUUCUCACCUAUCAAAGAUGUCUUCUUGCUCGAGGGUCCCACACUGAAGCCUGGACUCAGCCCAACGGAGAGCCUUAACUUUAUGAGUGGACUUCAAAAUAAAGACAAGCUAGUAGAAACUACAAGACAUAGUUACAAUUUGAGGCCAGAGAGCGUUAAACAGCCACAAAACAAAGUUACGGUCAAACAUCUAGAGGCACGGGCUAGGGAAGUGAGCCUACCCAUUCAGUAUGCAGCAGCCAGAGCUCUGAGUUGGGUUAGUGAGGCCAGACAGCGCAGUGCUUCCAUGGAUACGAAGCAGUACAGAGAGCCGAGCAGCCAGGGUGGAGUUGAUACCAAGGACUACACCAUUUUGCAGUCCCGACAGAGGAAAACAAAGCCUACGGCUUGCGACUCAGCAAGGAAGGCCUUUAUCCUCCGACGCAAGAGUGCAGAUGGAGGUCCAGACCAGGCCAAGCUACACCAGCCCCUACGUCAGAAACUUAUCAAAGUCAAUCAAAGGGCCAAGAACCGCUCAAACCCUCCUGGGCCCAGUGGCCCUUGCACAAAGAUUAACCUCAGCAAGGCACCAGGUCCAGCUAAGGUAUCAGUACAAAUGACUGAGAAAGGUGAGACUGCUAGUGGGGCAAGAACUUCAGGGCCCCUUGAGAAUACAGUACAUGGCUCCCCUUCUUCCUCCCCUCAGAAACUGGUCAAAGUUUUUGAGCCACCUGUGCUGAAUGAUUGCCCCAAGAGCACAUCUAAAGUAUUCCAACCAGUUUCCAAACUCCCAUCAAGAAACGACUGUGGGGUAAAAGGCCCCAACUCCAACAAUUCAGCUUGCUCUCCACUUAAACAGAGGCAGCAAGACCAGCACUCGGAUUCCUCUCGCAAUGAUAUCAGGUCUCCUUCACCUCCACUCCCACCAGGUCGGACCACCUCCCUACUUAUUCGACCUGGUUAUGGCUCCUUACCUCAGGCGCAUAAGCCUGUGGUUAUGCUCCAAACCUCUAGCACAGUAAAGGCAACUGCCCGUAGCACCAAACCUCCAUCAAGUCAUCAGUCAUCUGUUUUACAAAUGCAACCUCUAGCCCCCAACAAAAUGCAAGACACUCAUCAUAUGGCUCCCAAAAUGGGUAUUGAGGUGAAAAAGCUACCAAAAUGGGUCCCUGCCAAAGUCUACCAUCCUUUACCAACUUCGACCACUCUUCAAGAAUCCAAGGAAACAGACUCUUCCCAAUCCUCAAUGAACAGGACUGUGGCACAAUCCUCCCAUCAGGAAAAUAGUGUUCCCUUUGUGGUGCAAAAUCAGGACAUCUUAUCUGUGUCCCAGCAAGGCAAUGGUGAGCCACAAAGUACAGAGCUCUUACCUCAGGCCUUAGCAUCUCUACUUUGCCAUGACAUAGUUAGUAUCUCUCAACAUUCUGUGACCAGGGCAGUAAAUGCAUCCCUUCCUGUUGGCUCCAAAACCAAUGAGACAACCCCAAAGCUGGGCAACAACUUUGCAGUUAUCACUGCUAUAAAGGGAGUGCAGACUUUUGACACCUUCAACCAGGACACGUACAGACGUCCAAUGAUGCACUGUGUCAAUGCAGCUGUAGCCAAGGCCAAAGCCAGGAGAAAGCUUGAGACCCACUGUAGCUCACUAGAGGAGGCUGCACUCCCACCUCCAGUGGCAGAGAAUGGUGUAACUUUGGACUGGGGAUUUGAUGAAGAGAGCUGGCUAUUCAAGCGCUCGGUCUCAGUCUCGACCCGACCUCCUCUCCACCCGGUUAUGGGCAUGAAUGGAGCAAAGGCUCGCAGUCAAAGCUUCGGCGCACGCUAUAUGGACAGACCGAACAUCAGCAGGUCUGGAAAUGUCCGUAGUCACAUCAAAACUAACUCAGGAAGCUCUUUGCAUUCUCUUGGUGAUGUAUUCCGGGGUAGUAUGAGUUGCUCCAAUAGCUACAAUUGUUCAAGGAACAAAUCCCACAACAAUUUCAUGAUUGAGGAAGGCUUGCCAAUACCUCUGCAUCUGGAGGCCUCCAGUGAUCGAUUUGGUCUCAAACACCAGAGAGUAAACUCAUGUUCACAUCUCCGGACUGAGAAACAGUCCCCUAGCACCUUCUAUGAAUGUAUCCAAGGGGAACCAGAGAGACAGUCAAACAUCUCCACCAUCGAGGAGAAGGUCAUGAUGGGAAUCGAGGAGAAUUUGCAGAAAUCUCAGCAGAAGGAGAAGACAACUAAAACUAAGCAGAAAUCCGGUUCGCUGUCAAACUGGUUUGGAUUCCGCAAGAGCAAGCUCCCUGCUCCGAUUGGUAAAAAAGGAGAUUCUCCAAGGGGAAAGGAGGAGAGGAAGGAACCUAAGCUUGGAUCUCUCUUGGGUGGGAAGCAGGCAAAGUUCGACAAAAAGAAGGAAGGGAGGAAAAGUGAAGGUCAUCAAAUGGAUGGCUCGGUUGGGAAAAGAGACUCCCAAGAUACAUUGCUCGUCUGCCUUUCGAUGGCCUCCCUGGGAGCCCCAGGUAACAGCAACAUACAAGGACAAACCGACAUCAGUGGGGACACAAAGACAAAGAUACAGAGGAUGAACCUCAGGACUGAUAAUGACAACAGAGUUGCUUUGAAGAGCCCCAGUGAAGAUCACUUUAUCGGCUCCGGCUGCAAGAUGCGAACGUUGGACAGCGGCAUUGGAACAUUCCCCCUCCUCGAUUCCUCUUCCUUGUUCUCCUCCAUCCUCAACCUCCUUCCCAAGUCCACAUCGGCCCAAAACUCCCUCAGUCCUCCCAGUGCUCCCAGUUCCUCUAGUGAGGAGGUGUCACCCUCCCCAUUACCCCGGUGGAGAGUACCAUCUGGCUCAAAAGACCAUCUCUGCAGCCAACCAGGCCUGGACAACUCCUCGUUAUCCGACACCACUGUGAACCUUGUCCAAUCAGUGCCUUAUCCCACUUUGGCCUUCCUUCAGCCUGUCCAAUCCCUGUCUGAGCCCCUUGUGACCUGUGCCAGUGUGUGUGAUACCCAGAGCAAGCUGCCCAGACUAGCUUCAGCAGUUAGAAUGACAUGAUCAUGAAGACUGACAAGGACAACUGCUAAGAAACCAUCAGCA